ACCAGUAAAUAACAGGUGCUUGUUCAUUGAAUUCCGGAACAUGGAAUAACAAACAUUCACUUUCUUGAACUUGAAGCUGUUGUCAUGUCUUACAAUGAUUAGUGUGCCGAACAAUAGUGAUUCGGAGUCUUCUGACUCGAUGGAAGAUAUACAACUUAAACCUGUUCAACCUAAACCUCAUCCCGCAAGACUCGUCAACACAGAAGUCCGAAGAAAUGUAUUUACACCUGUCACUCAGGGUCAUGAAAUACCUAGACAAAUUUCUGAAUUAAGCUUAACCAGGAAUAAUUAUAUGAAUGAAAGGAACGUGAAUGUUCAAAUGAACCGUGACCAUGGAGAUCGGACAUUUCCCCCUGUGAUUCCAUUAAAUGUUGGUGGCAUUAAAUACAUAACUAGAUUGUCAACCUUGAGAAAAUAUGAGGAUUCAAUGCUGGCAGCCAUGUUUAGCGGAAGGCAUAUUGUUGACAAAGAUGAAUAUGGAAAUUAUUUUCUAGAUAGCAAUGGACAGGUAUUUGCUAAUAUUCUAGAUUUCUUAAGAAAUGGAACAAUUCCACCUAAUGAAGUAGCUGUAAGUGUGUUCAAAGAUGCCAAUUAUUUUGGCCUACAUGAAUUAGUUGAGCAGUUACAAUUUAAGCCUGACAUUGCCACCAUGCAUGUUAAAGAAGCUCACAGACAACUCUUUCCAAAUUAUUUUGUUGUAAAACAAAAUAUUGUGAAAAUAGCAAUGGAUCAUGCUAUUACUUCUAGAACAGGGGAGAUAAUAAUUAAUAUGUUCAAAACUGAAUUUGCACCAAAAGCUCCAAACUUUAAUCCAAAACAUGGAUGUGUUGCAGAACUAGCUCAUAUUAAAGUUGGACCUUGGGAAGGUGAUACAGAUGAAGAAAUGUUCAUUAGAUGUCUAGAAAAUGAUUAUUUAGAGGAAGGAUUUAACUUAAAACCACACGAAACAAAAAGAAAAUGUCGUUACUAUCAUGGACAAACAUGUCCAAAAUUUACAUACAAACUGACUUUUAUAUUUUGAUUUAUUGUUGGUUCUGAUAUUUAUAUAUACAAGUUUAUGUUUUGAUGAUUCUUAGAGAAAUCAAUUGGAUUUAAAUAUAAUGUAGUUAUCUGACUUUAUAGAUCUAAAAUGUUAAAGAUGUACAAUAGAAAUCGUAACUAAACAUGCUAAAUGGAAUGCUUCUUGUAAAUGUGCUCAAUUCUCAUUAUAUAAGACAGGGGCUAUUUACGAUUACUGUGCUAAAUUCUCAAGAUCAUCUUGUCUCUCUAAUGAUGUUAGACCUAACAAGUUGAUAAGUCCUAAGUCAAUGCAAGUCAGAGAUUUAAUUUAAAAGGAAAUACAAGCUUACUACCUGUCAAAAUUUGAACAUGUUUGCAGAAAUAUUUUUCACAACACAAGCAACACAAAAUAAAAUUUGCUCGCAGAAAUAUUGUACAAUGUACAGCAAACAGUUUAGUUUGCUUCCACAACCUCAAUUUGAAAUUAAUAUGAUUACAGAAUUAUUUUCAACAAUCUCAAGUUUAAAUUUUCUUACAGAAAUAUUUUUCAACAUGUUGUUCAAAGUCACAAGCUGACAAUUUACAUAUUUGACAAUGUUUAAAUUUAAGAUAAUCAUAAUAAUAGACUUUCUACUAAAUGUUGUAGGCUUAUAGGUUGUAAAUUCAGUAUAUUGCCUAGUUGAAUUUUUUAACUACAGAUUUUUUUUUAAAUCAAUCCAUUUUAAAGAUGUCUAGCUUAAUUGAUAUGCCACAUCAAUUCCUUUACAUGUACAUGAUUUAUAUGACUUUUUUUUUUAUUGGCCCAAUUUUUUUAGUCUCUCAUGUCUCAAGGACCUUUGUUGUUAUAAAUCUGUAAAUUUAGCUUGAAAUCUCUCCUAUAUUUCAUAUAAUGACUUGGUCAACCAAGUUUAAAGGUCACGUACUGGUAAUAUUAUGUCAGAUAAAGCUGUAUUUAUUUGUUUAUUGAUUCAUUGACCUUUGAUUGAUCUUAAAUAAUUGAGUAAAUGAAAUAAGCUGUUUUAAGAUGACCUUGGUUGAAAUUAACAUACAUGUUUUUAAUUCCCCCCAAAGUAUUAGAAUUUGUUAACUUGACAGUUAUUAUAUAAACAAAUACAUGUAAAAGAUUUUGUACAGUUUUCAAGAUCAAUAUCCAGAAUAUACAUUUAAUAUUUGCCACUGGAGGUAAAGAGGACAAUGGUCAUACAGUCUUUUUUUGGUCUUGUUCCUUUCAAUAUACAGAAUAUAUUGGGUAUUUGAAGCAGGGAAAAUGAUGAAUGUUCUGUUAACUAUUGAAUUUGAUGC